CAAGCCAUAUCAUAAACCGAUCACCACACAAAAUAUUACAAAAGACUCCGGAAGGAUGUGGUCUGGAAACAAGCCUAACGUGGUCAAAACGGAAAACUCCCAGUCUUUGCUAAAUGCAAGAGCAAAUCUUAUUCAAAGAGCAACUGCAAUAAAGAUUCGCUUUAAGAUAUUAAGGAAAACUAAUAAAAAGUUCCAGACGUUUUUCACAGACCAAUGGGCAGAUAUAUGUGACCUAUUGGGCAAUGAGGCAAAUAAGGGCAAUGUAUUCUGGGAUAUGUUCUCUGUCUUUAUUCUUAAGAACACAAAUGUGAAUCAUUCCUGUCCAUAUGAGCCGCAGGAGAUUUACACCAAAGAUUUCAUUUUAUGCAACCAAGUGGGAGAUAUUUUGCCUUUUCCCAAGGGAUUCUAUCGUUCGGAGUUAACAAUUUUUGCAAAUAGUGCUAAACGUUGCAUGAUCAGGGUGGAUGGUGAAAAAUCUUAACAAUGAAUUAAGCAAUGCCUGACAUUAGAUUUUUGAAAUAUCGCAGAUGUUUGCGAAAUAUGAUGAAUGUGGUUAAAUUAGA